AUGUCGUCCCGCCCGAAGCAAUCCAUGAGCGAGCUCAAGCUCCGCCGCCUACUCGAGCAUAACCAACGCCUGCGCGAUGACCUGGCACGGCCCCGCAUCCGUGUAUCCGAGGCGAGCGCAAGCCUGAUCCGGUAUUGCAAGACGACAAAGGACCACCUGGUACCUUCAGUGUGGGGUCCGGUCGGACGAAACGAGGACCCAUACGCACCGCAACAAUCUGGCGGGUGCUGUACCGUGCAAUGA